AGGUAAAAGCAUUCAUUAACACUGACCUGACUUGCAUCGAACAGGAUGAAGACUCAAAUACUGUUCCUAGUUUGGUUUAGUAUCCAAGUCAUUUUGUCAGAUCGUGAUCUUCUUCAACAGCCUGACAUCACUGCUAAUAUUACAAGUUCACCAUAUUAUGACACAUGGUCUCCAGGCAGAAUUCUAUCUGAUAUCAGUCAAGACGCUGACUCGUGCAAUUGCUGUGCAGCAAUUAUCGUACCGGGUUACAUCGACAUUGACUUGAUGCACCCAUAUUCCGUCUACCAAAUAGUUAUUCUUGGACGCACUGACCAAGAAAAUGGUGUCCAGUUUCAGAAUAUCUCUUUUUCAACCAAUAAUGGACAUAGCAUUCCGGUUGCUAACAAAACAAACACUUACCUUUCGACAAUUAUUAAUCCACGUCAGUUGAUACAAAUGAUACGAAUAUCUAGUCAUCAAAAUGCUGGAGUUAUGAGCAUAUGCAAUGUGAAAGUUUAUGGACGGGAAUAUUUGACAGGCAUUUCAAGCCAAUCCUCGGUGUACGCUACUUGCACUGCCGAAAGGGCAUUAAAUGGUAUUGAAGAUUAUGGCACAAACGAUAUACAACUUUGUCAAGCUUGCAGUGUUACGAAUAACGCACAACCCUGGUGGCAUGUCGAUUUAGGCGGCGAGCACCUGAUUAGACGCAUUCAAGUAAUUGGAAGAGAUAAUCUGUUACAAAGUAGAGGACUUCGCGUUUCUAUUGCUAAUGCAUUGGUGGGCACAGACUUUGUUAUCCAAGGGAACGUCAGUGUUCUAGGAUUAGACCAACAAAUAUCGCCUCCUAGACUUGCACGUUCCAUCAACAUCACUUCUGUAUCGGGAACAAAUUAUAUGGUCCUUUGUGAAGUUAAAAUAUCUGAAACAGAUUGCCCGAUCGGAACAUACGGAGAUAAGUGCGCUGAAAGCUGUGGACAUUGCAGAGGAGGCACUAAUCAGUGUGACUAUGUCAAUGGAACCUGCAAAAUGGGAUGUGAAACAGGAUAUGUGGGUCUGCCUUGCUUGCAAAAUUGCCCGAUCGGAACAUAUGGAGAUAAGUGCGCUGAAAGCUGUGGACAUUGCAGAGGAGGCACUAAUCAGUGUGACUAUGUCAAUGGAACCUGCAAAAUGGGAUGUGAAACAGGAUAUGCGGGUCUGCCUUGCCUGCAAAGCUGCAACAGCAGUUACUACGGUGAAAACUGUGCCCAACGUUGCGGCAAUUGUUUAGACGGGAUACGAUGUGAUUUGAAGAAUGGAAGCUGUCAAGGAAAAUGUUCACCGGGGUAUCUUGGAUUAUACUGUAAUCAAAGCUGCAACAGCAGUUACUACGGUGAAAGUUGUUCCCAACGUUGUGGCAACUGUUUAGACGGGACUCGAUGUGAUUUACAGAAUGGAAAUUGUCCAGUUGGAUGUUCAGCAGGCCAUAGUGGAGUGUUCUGUAAUCAAAGUUGCAACAGCAGUAACUACGGCGAAAACUGUGCACAACUUUGCGGAUAUUGUAUAGAUGGGAGUCGUUGUGAUUUGAAGAAUGGGAGCUGUCCAGUAGGAUGUUUGACAGGGUAUCGUGGAAUAUACUGUAAUCAAAGUACGCUUUAUAUUUAUAGAUCAAAGCUGAAAUAUUAUUUAACUCAUGUUGUUGUACCGUGUUUGACACAUUUUAAACGAAAUGAUUCUAAGUCCAGGUGUCAUAUAGUAAACAUGUACUAACAUGUACA